AUGUAUUUAUUUAGAAAUAUUGUAACUGCCAGUUUAGUAAAAGAUGAUAAAAAAAUUGGAGGAGAAGGCACAAUUGUAGAAAUUGAUGAAUCUAAAUUUCGUUCUGGGGAAAAGUGGUGGAUAUUAGGUAUUGUAGAAAGAACUAAACUGAGAAAAUGUUUUUUUAAAAUGGUUAAAGAUCGAAAUGCUCAUAUAUUGAAAAGAUUAAUCAAAACUCAUGUGAAACCUGGCUCAACUAUAUAUACAGAUUCAUGGAAAGGAUAUAGUGAAUUAGAAAACAUGGGAAUGAGAUUUAAACACAGAAGAGUUAAUUAUAAAAAACCAAGUAAAAAUCAAAUUAUAAAACGAAUUCAUACUCAGCAUGUAGAGGGAGUCUGGUCAGAAACAAAUAAAAGAGAAAAUGCAAUAAAUUGUAAACUAUAUAAACAUAAUAGAUCUGGUUAUAACGGAAUUCAUUUUGAUAAAAUCAAAAAUGCUUGGAGAUUCGAAUGGAUGAUUGAAAAUAACAAACAUAAAGUUAAAUGGUUUUUUAUUACGAAGAAUAGGACUAACGAACAAGCAAAACAAUUAGCGAUCGAGUACAAAAUGGAACAUGAUAAGAAAACAGGAAAUAGAAAUGGUUAUAAAGAAGAAGGAGUUUGUCCACAUUAUGAUCAUAAAAAAGAAGUAGUUAAGCUUAAUAAUCGUUAUAAUAAACAAAUUGAAGAUAUUACUUUUCGUUUACUCGAAGAUCAAAAAGAAGAAAGACAAAAAGAAAGAGAAACUUUAGAAAAAGAAAGACAAAAAGAAAGAGAAACUUUAGAAAAAGAAAGACAAAAAGAAAGAGAAACUUUAGAAAAGAAAGAAAAAUAUGAAAGAGAAGAGAGAGAAAAAGAACGAGAAGAGAGAGAGAAA